AGGAAGUCUUAACGAGACUACCUCUACUUACCCUGUGCGAAUGCUUCACAUGCGAACACAUCGGAUAGACAAAGAAGUUUCACCACAGGCAUCAUGGGCUUGUUCAAGAAUCUAUUCAAGGAGGCUGGCGUCAAGGACGUCGUGACUCUCUUCCAUAACCCCAAACUUCCAACAUCGACGCGCGUUCACACAUUGCUCAAGCAGCUCAAUGCUGCCAGCGUAGCACAUGCUACAGAGGACCAAGCCAGUGAUCACAGCAAGCAGAGCAAGCAGGAGCGAACCGAUUUCGAGCUCGAGGUGCAGGAGGGUCCACCAACGGCCGAUCAAUUGAGCAGCAUCCUGGACUACAUAGGUCCAUCGCAUGCGGGCAGCGUGAUCAAGGACGCCACAGGCACCAGUGAUGCACUGCGGAAGUUCAAGAAGAGCGAAGACUCGUUCCUGCGCCCAGUGAUCGUGGAUUGGAACAGUGGCAAAGCUGUUGCGGGAGAGAAUGAGAGUGAGAUUUUGAAGCUCAUAAAGCAGACCCCAGAAAGCAAGUGAAGUGCGUAUAGUCGGUCGGAAUUACAUUGCGGGUACGGAUUGGAGACGCAUUUGGGACUGGGUAUCAGGCCCCCCUAUUCAAGACCAGAGAAUGAGCUCUACUCCGAAUGAAUUGAAAUGAGCAGAGGACAGUCCUGUAGCAGCGCUGUAUGGUGAUGCCAUUCGCACACAAGGACAUGGUGCUGGGCAAUGGUUUCGAGGAGAUGCUGAUGCCGAUGCUGAUAUCGUAUGUCACCGGCCGCUGAGGAUGGCAACUGUUCCAGACGUGCAGACCGAGUGCGCGUCCAAUGUCGUUCAUGUAAGCUCGCCUUCAUUUCCUGCCUCUUUCUGCAGCAUAGCGCGUACCCGCUGAUAAUGCACACGCACACAAACGGGCGCGUUCGUUGUAGUCACCGCUCCAGCAUUUCAAAAGCC